UUGGAAAGGAUAAUCACAACUGGCUUCACUAUUAGGUACAGGUGCGUCUUUAAUGUAGAAAAUUAAAUUAUAUGCUCCACGCGAAAAUAAGGAAGCAAUUCUCAACAGGACUAAUUUAACUGUCUCAAAGAGGAUGCGUUAUGUUUCCGUUAAUGACGUCGUGUCUAAAGUGCUCGUAAUUAUGGUCCCGACUCUUAGACGAAAAGUAUCCCCAAUCUCAUUACUUUAAUUUUAAUUGUUUGCUAGAAAUGACUACAUGUGCAUGUGAUGUUAUUCCAUAUUAAAAAUCGUUUCACAAAUAAUGGCACUUCACUAAUUUCCCUGAAUGGCAUUGGGAGUCCCAUGAUUUUUUGCUCCUUUUGUCCCGCUUCCACUGCCCGAACCUUCAGUAUCCUUAUUUCUCUCGCACCCCUUCCUGAUUUAUACCUAGUCCGAGCCCAUUAUCCCGAUUUGAAUCGUCGCUCUUCCCGAAAGUGCCAUUCGUUAAAUUCCAUUUUUAAAAGAAGUCGGCGGAUACGUCGCCUCCGGUGUUGUCACCACUGCGUCGGCCGGUAUAACCAAAUAUUGCUAACGAGUACCAUGCAUUUCUCCGGUUGAUUGAAUUCCAACGGAAAUGGGAUUCUGUAACGGAAGGGGACUCAAAGUCUGACAAUUUUUGUGUCAGUGUAGCGUAUACCGGUCAAGCUCUCUAUUAUUCUCAUGUGUUGCGCGUGCGCCGGCCGCGUGUUUAGUUGCGUUCGAAGCACGACCAAGAAUAGGCGUCCCAGUGAUGGUUCCCGCCUGAAAGAUUUAUCUUAACAAUUCAAUCGUUAUAUGUGAGCGAACGGCCUGUUAAGCAAUACUGUUGUGCGGUUCUUAUUUGUUUCGACUAUCACUUUAUUACUUGUGGAUCAUAUCUUGUUUAUGAACGGAAUAAAAAAAACUUUAGUACUCCGCUAGAGUCACGGCUGUAAAGUUGUGCGCGUAAAUAUGUUUAACGUAUAAAUAUGUUUAUACGCGUUAUCAUCUAAUGUGGGCUUGCAUAUUGAUAGCAAGUGAUAAGCAAAGUUACAAGAUAACCAAAACGGGAAUGGAAGUGUUUAUUUUGUUAAAAAUUUGCCUGCACUUAUAAGUUAGUGCUAGUGUUUUUCCCUGCAAUAAGCGGUUAUGCUUCAGUAAAGUCAUUAAGUGAAGAGUUUGAACGUUUUGUAGUGUUAAAUGUAAUAUACGUAUGAGUGAUGCGUCUGCGCGCCGGUGCAAGUGUUACGUUAGGACUAUUUUCGUAGCACGGAAAUAAGAGCGGCAAAAGGAGCAAAAAGUCGAGAUCAACUGAAAAACUUUAGGACGUAGUGUCGAAUGUAUUUUUGUCGGUUGUAAACUGAUGUCUACAGCACUUGUGUGAUAUUGGUGUAAAAGCCGUGAAAGGAUAUACUGAAAAUGAAGAAAAGAACCUUAUCCAAACUCAAGUCUAUCUUCGGAUCCAAGAAAGGCAAAAAGCAACUUCAACAAGAGCAAUCUUCGAAGUCUUCACGUUCGCCGUCACCGGAACCGGCGGGGGCGGCGUCCCCGGUUCCCGGCAUCAAUGGCGAAUCGUUCCGGCCGAUCCUGAGAACGCCGCCGCCGAGCCGGGCCGGGCCGCCGCCCUCGCCGCCGGUGCCCACGCACCCCGUGGCCCCCGUAGCCCCGGAACCCGCCGCGCCACUGCCUCUCAUGCCAUGCGCCGUCUGCGGCCGAACCUUCGUGCCGCAGUCGCUGGCCAAACACGUCAAAAUAUGUGAAAAGAUGACAGUUAAGAAGAGGAAAACUUUCGACUCCUCAAGACAGAGGCGUGAAGGGCUGACCGCGGCGAACGGUGCUAAUUCCGGCACCGACUUGGAGCAGUACUUGCCAAAGAACUUUGGUCUUCCUGAAAACAGCCCGUUCUUAGAGAAAAGUCCGCCGAACACAGCGAAGCCAACCCCGAAACCGAAACCACAGUCUGUUAGGAACGCCAUCACGAAGCCAAUGGCAGAACUCCAAAGAUGUCCACACUGUAACCGCGCAUUCGGCGUGCGCGCGUUUGAGCGUCACGUCGAGUGGUGCGCGGACAAAGCGAAGAUCCUGCCGGCGGCGCCCGCGCAGCCCCCGCAGCACAUCGCCGACGCCAAGCAGAGGCUCAAUGCCAGGACGCAGUAUAAAGCACCACCAGUCAGAGGGCGACGGUCGUCACAAACGCGAGACAAAUCGACAAAUAGCCGAUCGGCGUCAGUUGAUUCGUCGCGCGGCGUAUCACCGCCCCCGCCGCGUGAGUACGGCGACUACAGACAUGGAAGAGCCAGAGCUUCAGAGUCAGUUUCCAGCAACGAUUGUCACGAAGAGUCUUCCCCUCACAUGCCGGUGAUCAGAAACUCUCGUAACUCACAAAACAGUUCGUCAGGCGAUGCUAACGUUAAAGCGCGGCAAGCCAGACUUGCUAGGGAUUUAAGCAGCUCCAGAAAAAAACAAGACCCUUCCCGCAUUUCCUCUGCCCAACAAAGUAAUACCGAUACCAAUAUCAAGAAAGCAUCCCGCCUGUCCUCUGUCCAAGAAAGUAAUACUGACCCUAAUAUCAAGAAAAAUGCUAUUCUUAAUAAACAAAAAAACAAACUUCUGGCUAAAAAACAACAACAAUUAAAGAAACUACAAGAAAUCGCAAGUAAAUACAGUCAACAAAAUCAAGAAUCGAAAGAGGAUAAGAAAUCAUUAAAAAGCGCUCGUGAUAAGAGUCAGAUACCUGUUCCAAAGAAAAGCAGUGGCAAAAAGGCGAUAAAAGAAAUUGAUAUCGAUAGAUUAAUCGAGGAAGACAUUAAUGAAAUGGUUUCUCCGAACUUAGUCUCUGAUAAAAUUAAAAUUACUCCUACUAAAACUCCUUCAGAAGCAUCGCCGAAUAAUAAACACAAACCAGAAAAGAAAGUCAGGAUCAAAACAAAAACAGUAAAAAUAGUAAAAGAAACUAGUAUGAGUCUAGAUAGUCUUGAAGAAUGUCCGCCUACCACGAGAAGCGAUCGCACUUGUCAAUCGAUUGGAAUUAACACUGAACUUUUAUGUGUUCCGUGUGUUAUACAUGAUAAUCCAGAUCAAAAGAAAAGAAAAGAAGAAAGCAGUAAGAAACAUAAAAGCAGUAACAAAGAAAAGAAAUCGCAUAAAGACCUUGAAGUUCUUAAUGUCGCUGAACCAAAAGUUGAGUUACUGUAUAAAAAUCCAAUUAUAGUAAGUUCCAGUGAAAAGCAAAUUAAAGAGAAAUAUGAAAGAAAUUCGUACGCGAAGUUGGACUUGAUCAAUUCUAUUUUCGAUAGUUCCAUAGUAACGCCGAGUACUUCAGGCAACUUGGCUUCAGAUGAAAUAGAAUCAACCACGGAUUUUACCAAUCAAGAGUUUAGAGAAGGCAAAUUCAAUUUGAAUAUACACUUCGAUGAAGAAAUCGAAAUGUCUAAUCCGAGCAUUUCGGAAGUCAACAAGCAUUCGUCUAGAGAUAAAAUAGACGAAGACAUUCAUCGCCUCUCUGAAGAACGUUUUGAACAUAAUUAUGAACAUGAUAUCAGUGCCGAAUUAUCGAAUGAGUCUUUGGCAAACAAAUUUGAACAAAAUAAUCCUGAAAGCAAAGAACUCGAAUGUCGCCACGGAAGUGGUGAAACUUAUACCAAAUUUAUAGAGGACCCGGCUGACCUAGAUGAAUUUAUGAGCUUGACUGAUAAAUUAUUGAGUAAUGAACAAGCAGAACGGGACAAUGCCUGUAUGGCUAAAGACGUCGAUGACUUUCAUACACCAAAAACGAAUUCUAUUGAAGCCAUAAAUAGGCAAAUAUCAGAAGAAGUUCUUCCCGAGUUACCUAAACAGCAAUAUUCCGAUACUUUUGAAGAGUUAAAGAGAAAUCUACAAGAUCUCCUGGUAGGGGCUGGCUCUGGAGAAAGCAAGGAUUUAAAGAAUCCAGACGAAAAUGAAGAAAGCAAAUCUGAUAAGAAUAGUCCUGAUAAUAAUAGAAGCAUUUGUGACAUGGAACACAUUACUGUUUAUGAACUGAAAUUUUAUGACAGGAAGCCGGAUGAAAAGCCUCUAGAAGUUGAAACACCUCGUUUCAAAUUGCCAUCAAUCAUGGAAUCGAAUAAACAAGGUAACAAAGUAGAAUGCAACAAAAAGAGAAUGCAGAAACUUUACAAGCCGAACCGAAAAUACAAAAUGUUGGGUGAACAAACAAGAAAGAAUAAAGAAUAUCAAACGUUUAUCGUUAAAGAAAACUUGAAUGACAAUAGUGACGGUCAAUCUGUUUCGUCAGAUGCGCCACCACUUAAACUUCCUCGUAUUGAAAAUAAAAGCAGUAAUAAUAUAGGGAGCGAAAGCCUUUUCCCAUCCUCCGUGAAACGUUCCACUUCCCUCCUCGAUUCCAUCCAAAAGAAGAAUACAGUGAAGAUGGACAGUGGGAAAUUUCGCCAUAAAUCGGAUCAGUUAGAACAAGAUAUAAUGCAGUCUCUCAAGGAUUUUGACAAGUUCUACGAAAAUGAAAAGAACGAAAAUCUAUCGAUCAAAGAGGUUAGUAACCACAACGGCACGGCGAAAAGAGAUACUCGCGCGAAAACUGAGCGCAAAGUCAAGAAAAAUGAGAAUGUUACGAAUGGAAACUACACGCCGAACGGCAAGCCGAGCAAUAGCAAUGAUUCAGCUUAUAGCAGGUUAGUCAGCUUAAAUAGGAUAUCUCCGUCAAAACUAUCACUAUGUACUUCCAAAGAGCCAAACGGGCUGACGUCGCUAGAACAAAUACCAGCGGGGUCGGAGUCGAGCGGUAGUCACAAGGAGGACGUGCGGUCAAUAUCCAGUGACGAGUUCCUAGCGAUGGAGCGCUCGGCGGAGCUGGAGGAACCUCUACCGCCGCCAGAAGUUACAUUUAAGGAGCAAGACAAUCACAUCACUGAGAAGCGCGUGAGUUCCCGCGCGUCGUCGCGGCGCAGCGGGUCGUGGCGCGCGGCGGGGUCGCUGAGCUCGAGCGGCUCGGAGGCGUCGCUGCACCGGCGCUCGGCGCCGCGCCUGUCGCGCUUCUGCCACGAGUGCGGCAACAAGUUCCCCGUCGACACCGCCAAAUUCUGCAUCGAGUGCGGCGUCAAGCGUCUCGUCGUCUAGCGCCCGCCCGCAUGUGUGAGCGACUUCUAGUCUUAUAAGUAGUGCCGGUUAUAAAUAGGCGUACUGGUGAUUAGUGUUUAGCGCCGGGUGGGUUCGUUUAUCUAGCUCGGUCGAGCGCAACUCGGAUAGGGAAGCGUGUUCUAUACCUACAUUUGUCAUACAGCAUAGGAUAUUGACGAAAUACCAGUAGAAGUAUUGAUAUCAUGAAACUGUAACACUGUCGAACAGAAUUUAUAUGUACAGGCAUCUCGGGACUCGACGGAUACCAGACAAACAAUGUGUUCUAUGAUUUGCGUGCUGAAAACGUUUCUUAUGAAUUUUUGUCGUCGAUAUUUCAGCGUAAGUAGCGACGAUGAUAAUGUAGCAUAUAAUAAAUACACUAUGUAUUUCACAUUACAUUAUUUAUUGCAGAUUUUAAAAUGAGGAUUAUUUAUUAUCUAAACCAUAGAUGUACCUCAAACUUGAUAAGUAUAUUUUUAUACUUACUAAAAUAUUAUGUAAACGCACAAUCGUCAAUCUUGGACCAUAUCUUAGAUUUUUACAAAUUAAAGCCUAUAAUGUAAUGUGUAACUAUCUAUAAAGUAAUAACGUAAUAUUAUUUACAAAACGUUACCAAAUUGCUAUAAUUUAUGAACUAAUUUGUGCCUUCACAAUUAACUAGAUAAUAAUGUUCUGUAUUCUGUUGGUAUAAUCUCUGUUAUUUUGUUUGCGAAGUUUUAAUUUCUGUUGCGACUUUAGCAAAUGUCAACUGGCCAGAGUAGCCUUGGAAAUUGUAAUAUCUGUGAUACAUGAAAACAUUUUGGAAAAUCAAAAACUUUGUCAUGGAAGGUUGAAUGGAUUCGGAAAUAACUUUUAAGUGCCAAUUUCUUUAUGUACUUUGGAUUUUGAAUGGAAUUUUGUGUACAUUUUUAAUUUUUGUUUUGCUAUUGUUAGCGAAUACCAUUUUAUUUUUUUAAAUAAUUUUGAUCACCCUUCCAAGGAUUUCCAUUAACGUCUCUUGUCCACAACAUAGUUGGCCAUUUUAACAAGACUGAUUUUAUUUUCAAAGUUUUCGAACUUGAUUAAUCCUUAGUUACUGUUGUAUAUUGUUUUUAAUAAAAUAACGAUUUUAUCAUGUAAUAAAUUAACAUUUUAAUAAUGA